UAAGGCAGCCCCUCGCGCCGUCGCGGCUCUGCCGUGUUCUGCGGCCGUCGGGGGACGCUGGCCAUGGCGGCCCUGCGGCCCUCGAGGAGGGUACUUGUCCCUCCGCUCUGCCGCGCCUUCGCGGGGUCCGGCUGUCAGCUCGCCCCAGAGCGCGGCGCGGAGCGCAGGGAUACUGCGUCCGGCGGGGUCUCAGGAUUCUGCCCUCCAAGAAAAUCUUGCCAUGAUUGGAUAGGACCCCCAGAUAAACAUUCAAACCUUCGACCCGUUCACUUUUACGUCCCCAAAAACGAAUCACCGUUGGAACAGAAGCUAAGACAAUUGAGACAAGAAACACAAGAAUGGAACCAACAGUUCUGGGCAAACCAGAAUUUGACAUUUCGUAAGGAGAAAGAAGAAUUUAUUCGCUCGAGACUGAAAGCUAGAGGCCUGGAACCCAGAGCUGGAUCAGGCCAAAAAGCAACAUUAGAUGCAGAAGAAAUGGCUGACUUCUACAAGGAAUUUUUAAGUAAAAAUUUUCUGAAGCACAUGUAUUAUAACAGAGACUGGUACCAGCGUAAUUUUGCCAUCACCUUCUGCAUGGGAAAAGUGGCCCUGGAGAGGGUUUGGAACAAGCUUAGGCCAAAACCAAAGGAGACAGCACGGAGGAGCCCACCCUGACCUGACCACUCUGACCCACCCACCAUCGGGGGCCGAGUUUCUGGGAGAAGCGGCUGCUUUGGGAAUCUGUUCACAAGGGCUCUAGAAACCUGUAAGUGAGCUGAGUCCCACGCCCGCUUUAUGGGGGCCCCUUGGCUUCUGUCAGCACAGGGUGGACUGCAGAACAGGGGGCCUGGUGAGCCACGGGCUGUGUGCCUGCCCUGACUCUGGAUUCCAAGCUGGCCCUGGGUCAUGGACAUGAUGUUAAAUAAAACCCAAGCACCGUG